CGUCAAUAAAAUUUUCUGAUUCUGAAUUUCUAUUUUCCAUCGGUUUCUUUUAACUUGUAUCGCGAAUCGUGUAGAAUGGUACACUUUUAGAUUGCUGAAGUAUUGUGGUCGUUCUCGGUUAUAAUAAUUGUGUUAAAUUGACUUCAUUGGGCAAGUAUUUUCGUUGAGUGGUAUUUGAAGACUACAUAAAAUCAAAUCGGAAGUUCUUGAGACACUUUCUAUACCGGGAAACCUCUUAGUGAAAAAUGUCGCACAAACAAACUCCAUACAGUCCAAACUUCCCGACAAGUCAAGGUUACUCCCCACCAGAAGAAGUUAACAAGAAGAACGAAAGUUUUCCAAUGCAAGCUGAAGGGGGCUACCCAGGUCCUCCACCCGGCCCAAUGCUUCCACCAGGAGCUCAGCCGUUGCCUGGCAUGCAAUCUGGAUUUCAGCCAGGGCUCCAGCCGGGCUUCCAACCAGGAUUCCAGCCUGGAUUUACACCUGGAUACCCACAGCCACAGUCUGGAUACCCGCAUCCCCAGGCUUACAACCCCCCACCGAUCGUACAACAGCCAGUACCUCAAGGUCCAGGUGGUUGGAUGACUAUACCGCAAGCUCCCGUCAAUUGCCCUCCAGGUUUGGAAUACCUAUCUAUGAUUGACCAAUUGAUUGUGAAGGAAAAUGUCGAUCUUCUCGAAGCUUUUGUGGGAUACGAAACAAACAAUAAGUACACCGUGAAAAAUUCGCUUGGACAAAUGGUGUACUGUGCUGUCGAAGACAGCAAUUGCUGUUCUCGAAACUGUUGCGGACCCAUGCGACCAUUUGACAUGAAGAUUAUGGACAACUUUCGGAAUGAGGUGAUCCAUUUAAACCGUCCGUUGGCUUGCGACUCUUGCUGGUGUCCUUGCUGGCUGCAAAGCAUUGUAGUGACUGCGCCGCCGGGCACCGUCGUGGGCUCCAUCGAACAGGUGUGGUCCAUCUGCAGGCCCAGUUUCGUCAUCAAGAACGCCUCGGGCGAUGUUGUGCUGCGUAUCAAGGGGCCCCUGUUCACCUAUACAUUCUGCGGCCAGAGGCAAUUCAAUGUGUACUCUAAAGACGGCGAGGCAAAAGUGGGCAAAAUAACAAAAAAUUGGUCGGGACUCGCUCGAGAGGCGUUUACGGACGCUGAUAAUUACGGGAUCAAGUUCCCGAUGGACUUAGAUGUCAGGAUAAAGGCGGUUUUGCUUGGAGCAUGCUUCUUAAUUGAUUUCAUGUUCUUCGAAAGAGGGCUUCCACCAGUCGAGGGCUAUGGGAUGCUUUAAAUCUAUAUACGCCAAACGCAUCUUAUGUAUACGCACGAAAUUUUAGUUAACAUAGUCAGUAAUUGAAACAUUGGACGGCCGAGUGGCGCAGUGGGCAGCGACCCUGCUUUCUGAGUCCAAGGUCGUGGGUUCGA